CGGAUCGAGGCGCCGCCAUCUUUGCUGCCCGGACGCCGAGCGAGAGGCUGACAAGAGAGUCGGAGCCGCCAUCCGCUGCCAUCCGUCGCGCAGACCCUGCCGGAGCCGCCGCCGCUAUGGACGAUCGGGAGGAUCUGGUGUAUCAGGCGAAACUGGCCGAGCAGGCCGAGCGAUACGACGAAAUGGUGGAAUCAAUGAAGAAAGUAGCAGGAAUGGAUGUGGAGUUGACAGUUGAAGAAAGAAACCUACUGUCAGUUGCAUAUAAAAAUGUGAUUGGAGCCAGAAGAGCGUCCUGGCGGAUAAUCAGCAGCAUUGAACAGAAAGAAGAAAACAAGGGAGGUGAAGAAAAGCUAAAAAUGAUUCGGGAAUAUCGGCAAAUGGUUGAGACUGAACUAAAAUUAAUCUGUUGUGACAUUCUGGACGUACUGGACAAACACCUCAUUCCAGCAGCAAACACUGGCGAGUCCAAGGUUUUCUAUUAUAAAAUGAAAGGGGACUACCACAGGUAUCUGGCUGAAUUUGCCACAGGAAAUGACAGGAAGGAGGCUGCAGAGAAUAGCCUGGUGGCUUAUAAAGCUGCUAGUGAUAUCGCAAUGACAGAACUUCCGCCAACGCAUCCUAUCCGUUUAGGUCUUGCUCUCAACUUUUCCGUAUUCUACUAUGAAAUUCUCAAUUCCCCUGACCGUGCCUGCAGGUUGGCAAAAGCAGCUUUUGAUGAUGCAAUUGCAGAACUGGAUACGCUGAGUGAAGAAAGCUAUAAGGACUCGACACUUAUCAUGCAGUUGUUACGUGAUAACCUGACACUAUGGACUUCAGAUAUGCAGGGUGAUGAUUCCUAAAGGAAAAUCCAACUGUUCUUUCCUAAAAACUACUUUGUGAAGAACAGAAUAAAGAAGCGCUGCAGGAUGUGGAAGAUGAAAACCAGUGAGAGAGACGUCAAAGCCAACAAGAGAAUCCAUCUCUGACCACCCUACUCCUCCCCAUCCCUCCCCCCGAAAAUUCCCCAUUGUCACUGAGAACCACCAAAUCUGACUUUUACAUUUGGUCUCAGAAUUUAGGUUCCUGCCCUGUUGGUUUUUUUUUUUAAAACAGUUUUCAAAGUUCUUAAAGGCAAGAGUGAAUUUCUGUGGAUUUUACUGGUCCCAGCUUUUAGGUUCUUUAAGACACUAACAGGACUGCAUAGAGGCUUUUUCAGCAUUACUGUAUUGUCUCCGUGCCAGAUGUGGCAAGAUAACCAUUAGAAAUGGAUAUUACAUUGGAAUGCCAUUAGACUUCUAGGUGAAGCGAGAGUCCAGGAGAGAGGUUUAUCGCACUGUAGGGCGCAUGUGGUGGCAUUUUUCCUUUUUAUAAUUGUUUAAACCGAAUUUUAUACCAAUGUUUAAAAUUAAUUGGGUGUUUAGCUUGAAGUUACAGGUUGCGUUGGAACGUUUAUUGUAGUGGUUUUGCUGUAAAAAGUGUUUCCAAACUGUGCUGAAAUGGUGCUGGUAACAGCCCAACAAUCCGUGGCUGCUCAUUCUUGCCGACUUUGACCUUCCCUCACAGCAGGUUAGCAUUGAAGGUGGUAUUGAAAAGCCUGCAUGCGUGUUCAAUUCUUUGGUUUUUCUCCUUCCCUCUUCCCCUUCUCCCCCUUUACUCCCUGCCCUCCUUCGCUCGCUCAACCUCUUUCGUUCAGUAUGUGUAACUUGAAGCUAAUUUGUACUACUGGAUAUCUGACUGGAGCCACAGAUACAGAAUCUGUAUUGUUCUUACUGAAACACAGCAUGGAAUUAACAUUAAACUUAAAUAAAACAAACCUAAAUUAAAAAUGCCAAAAA